AUGUCAGCGUUCAAUGCGCCCCCUCCGCCGGAUGCAACAAACAGCAUUCGCGGCAGUGUGAAGCAGAUAAAGUUCGAUCGCCAGCUGCGCCUCUGGGGCGCAGAUGGGCAGGCGGCCCUCGAGGCAGCGCAUGUCGUCGCGCUCGGUGUCACUGUGGCCAUCUCCGAAGCUCUGAAGUCGCUCGUGCUGGCCGGCGUGCGAACUGUCACCCUCGUGGACGAGCGGGUUGUGUCUGAUGAGGACGUGGCAACCAACUACUUUGUGGCGACCACGGCGAUCGGCUCUCCUCUGGCGGUGACGGUGCUGCAGCACAUCUGCGGGCUGGGGGAGCAGUGCAAGGCUGUGCCCGUUCAGGAGUGCCCGAGGGAAUGGGUGGCCAAGUACCGGGCAACCGUAGACGCGGACUGGGCUGCUGGCUACGUAGACAGUGGCCGACGUUGGCCCGCAUCGGCGGUGAGGGAGGCACCGCCGGAGGCGACCGGGACGACAUCUGCUGUGCUGCGAUUCCUUACCGGUUACGCGCCGCUAGCCACCUUGGACAACACUUCUUCAUCAUCGCAUGUCUCCCCAUGCGACUCCGCAAACCCGUCACCCACCGCCGAGGCGCCACUGUCUUCGCCGAGCCUCAUUCUUGUCAGUGAGCGCUACGGCGAUUUCUCGUCAGUGUCGCUGCUGCUGCAGACCUGCGCGGCGCGCGUGCAUCCUGAUGUGCCGGUGCUGUUGGUUCGCAGCAGUGGCUUACUCGGAAUGGUUCAAACCUACUGCUGCGACCGCGUCAUUAUGCGUCCGCAGAACCCGACACAGGUACAGAUGGAGGACCUGCGCAUCUUUGAGCCGUUUCCGGCGCUGCAGGCGUGGUUUGACGCUCACGACCCAGACGACGUUGUACAGUUUCCCACGGACAACGCGGAUGCCAUGACGCUGCAUAGCCACCUGCCGUACCCGUGCGUUAUACAUCACGCCUUUCGCAGAUGGUGGGCCACGCUGCCGGAAGAGGAGAAGAGGUCGCGGCAGCGGUCGUCAUCCUCCUUGAUCUUUCCGCUGAGCGCAAAGGACUACCGCGCCAUCGCUUCCGUCGUUGGUGGGAUGAUACGGCGUCAGAGCGCGCCCGAGGAGGCGUUCGUGGAGGCCAUGGAGAAGUGCACGGCGAAGCUGAACCGACCGGUGGCGCAGCGGCUGCCAGAGGCGCUAGAGGAGCUUCUGCGCGAUGCUCGGUGCGCGGACCCGAUGCGCGCUGUAAAGGCGGUGCAGUCGCGUCUCUCGCCAGCGGCAUUGAUGUCGUCGUCGGCGGCGGUGCGCGAGAUGGCGGCACUGCAUGUUUGGGCGUCCCCCGAUGUGCUUGUGUGGUUCAUCCUGCGCGCAGUGCAGCUGUUUGUGACAAGAAAAGUCGGUGGCGAGCUGGAGGCGCUCAACGGGGCAUCCACGAAGCCGCCAGCCGAGGAAGCUGAGUGCGUGGCCGCCAACGCGGCGCCGCUGCCGCUCGGUGCCGUGUGCGCUGCCUAUCACAUGCCGCACUCCGGCUACCUGCCGGACUUGAUGACAACCACCAUCUGGUACCGCGAGCUGCAGGAGCUGUACCAGGCAAAGCAUGCGGAAGACGUGGCGUGCAUUGCGGCAAAGGCGAUGGAGCUGUUCGAGGCGGCUCUCCAGCAAGAAGAGAAGAAGGAUUGCAAGAGAAAGGACGAAGAGGAACAACGGCAGUUCCGUGGCCCAUCGAGGGCGUCGCUGGUGGCAGUGAAGGUGAAGCCGCUGCUACUCCAGCACACGGCGAUAGUUGUGGAGAACAUUUGGGAGAUACGAGGCGUCAGCUUCUCGUCUGCCUAUCGCGCCGCUGCGGAGGCGGAGUGGCGGCAACGGCUGGGCCAGCGGCUCGCGUGGCUGACACGUCACAUUUCAUUUGACGUGGAACGCAACGCCGACGCGCGCCGGGCGGCGUGCUUCGCGGUGGCCUAUCUGUGUAAGGAGGAGCUUCAGCGUCAUGGCGCACGCGCUGAGGAGCGUGACCUGAGCGGGAGUGCCAUCGCGCAGGAGGCUGCCGUGCUCAUGUCGCAGGCGUCCCAGGAAAAAAACGCUAUUGGCGGUGACGGUGACAAUGACCCAGCUCUUGAGCUCUUCGAUGCGUCGCUCGCUCCGUGGUGGUCCGAAGAGGACUCGCAAAAGCUUUUUGCUCAGGCAUGCGAGGAGGUUGCGCGGUGGGCCCGUGGCAAGGGCGGUGACGGUGCUUGCGUGCAGCUUCCCUCCGUAGCCGCGUCGACUGGCGCCUUGGCGGCACAGGAGGCAGUGAAGUUGCUCAUGCGCAUUCGCGUGCCGUGCACCAAUCCGAUGCUCUAUGACGGCUACACAAACAAGGUGUUCAUGCUGUGA